GCCGCAAACAAAGAGGAAGCGCGUGGCUUUGACUCCGUGGCUGCUUCUCUCACUGUGAUUACAGUGACACACAAAAACUAACUUAUUCCAACAUUGCGAGCUGCGGGAUCUGGAUAAGCGAGUGGUUCAGUCAAAAACAGAAACCACCUUGCCAGAGUAGUAUGGUUCGUCUUUCUGGAUAAACUGGAUGUAUAGUCUUUGCUUUUGCAAGACAAUAAGAACGCUACGUGGCGCAUCUUUGUCAACACUGUGCAGGAGUUUUCCUUUGUGGGAAACACUAAGGAGGCACACGUUCCUACAGUGCACCCAGACUCGGAUCCCAGUCUGGAGCUUUGUCUCUAGGCCUGGUGGCAGUUUCACCCUUUUCACACCGUCCAGACAGUUCAGUUUCUCAUCUUCAUUGUCUUUCAGUGGAUCCUGGCCUGUGUGGCAGGGUGAGAGGCCCAACAUGGCAGAGCAGAGGUACUGUGUAGAAUACGCCAAACGUGGCACUGCAGGCUGCAAGAAAUGCAAGGACAAAAUCAUGAAGGGUCUGGUCCGAAUCGGCAAGAUUGUGCCCAACCCGUUCAGUGAGUCUGCUGGGGAGAUGAAGGAGUGGUACCAUGUGAAGUGCAUCUUUGAGAAGCUGGAGCGAGCUCGGGCCACUACCAAGAAGAUUGAUGACAUCACUGAUCUGGAGGGCUGGGAGGAACUGCAGGAUGAGGAUAAAGGGCUCAUUAAUAAGCAUGUGACCGAACUGGCUGCUAAAGCUAACGCAAGUCCGAAGAAGAAGGUACAAGCCAAACUGAACACCAGCGGACAGUUAUCAGCGCCUCUUGCUGACCCAACAGUCAAUGCGCCGCGCAAGUUUUCUGGCUUCACAGCUACAAAGGCAGGUUCAUCCUCCUCAAGUCCAGGCCCAUCUCCCAGUAAACCCUCUCAGGGCAGCACUCUGUCUGCUCAGUUCUGUGAGCCGGACCACAAAGACUCCCUGUUCCGGGAGUUCCGCAAGCUCUGUGCCAUGGUGGCCGAGAAGUCCAGCUACAACGCAAAGACGGAGAUCAUCAAGGAUUUCUUGAAGAAAGGUUCUGGUGGAGACAAGUUUAGGGGUGACCUCUACCUCACAGUCAAGCUGCUUCUCCCAGGAGUAGUGAAGAGUGUUUACAAUCUCAACGACAAGCAAAUUGUCAAGCUUUUCAGCCGCAUCUUCAACUGCAAUCAAGAUGAGAUGGUGCGCGAUCUGGAACAGGGAGAUGUUUCUGAAACAGUGAGGAUGUUUUUUGAAGACAGCAAGUCGUUUCCUCCUGCAGCCAAGAGUCUUCUGACCAUCCAGGAAGUGGAUGCUUCACUAAGUCGCCUGGCUCAGCUCACCAAAGAAGACGAGCAGCAGGCAGAACUCCAGAACAUUGCAAAAAAAUGCACAGGAAAUGACUUGAAGUGUUAUGUCAGACUUGUCAAACAUGAUUUGAAAAUUAAUUCUGGGGCCAAACAUGUUCUUGAUGCUUUGGACCCAAAUGCCUAUGAUGCCUUCAAAGCUUCACGAAACCUUGGCGAUGUCAUUGACCGAGUGCUUCGGAACCAGCAGGAGGCAUCUAACGGGACUGGCCCAAGGAAGUUCCUGAGUGUGGAAGCCACACUUAUGACCCCUGUUCAACCGAUGUUGGCAGAAGCAUGCAAGUCCGUUGAGUAUGCCAUGAAGAAAUGCCCUAAUGGGAUGUAUUCUGAGAUCAAGUAUGACGGUGAGCGUGUGCAAGUUCACAAGAACGGAGAUCACUUCAGCUACUUCAGUCGCAGUCUCAAACCUGUGCUGCCUCACAAGGUGGCACAUUUUAAAGAGUUUAUACCUCAAGCCUUUUCAGGUGGCAACAGCAUGAUACUUGAUGCUGAAGUUCUCCUGAUUGACACCAAGACCAGCAAACCUCUGCCUUUUGGGACGUUAGGAGUUCACAAAAAAGCAGCCUUCCAAGACGCACAAGUGUGCCUGUUUGUAUUUGACUGCAUUUACUUUAAUGGAGUCAGUCUUAUGGAAAAGCCGCUCUGUGAGAGAAGAAAAUUUCUCCAUGACAACAUGGUGGAAGUUCCUAACAGAAUUCUGUUUUCAGAAAUGAAACAUGUCACAAAAGCUGCUGAUCUGGCUGAAAUGAUCACACGAGUAAUCAGGGAGGGACUGGAGGGACUGGUUCUGAAAGAUCUUAAGGGAAUGUAUGAGCCUGGUAAACGUCACUGGUUGAAGGUGAAGAAAGACUACCUCAAUGAAGGAGCUAUGGCUGAUACUGCAGACCUGGUGGUCUUGGGGGCAUUUUAUGGGUCAGGUUCCAAAGGUGGGAUAAUGUCCAGCUUCCUCAUGGGAUGCUAUGAUCCAGACUCAAAGAAGUGGUGCACUGUGACUAAAUGCUCUGGAGGCUUUGAUGAUGCCACUCUAGCCAGACUGCAGAAGGAGCUAGACGUUAUUAAAAUCGGCAAGGAUCCUAGCAAGAUUCCAAGCUGGUUAAAAAUUGUUAAGAACUACUACCCAGAUUUUCUCAUCAGAGAUCCAGAGAAAGCACCAGUUUGGGAAAUCACAGGAGCCGAAUUCUCAAAGUCAGAGAUGCAUACAGCUGAUGGCAUUUCCAUCCGUUUCCCCCGAUGCACUCGCAUGCGUGAUGAUAAGGACUGGAAGACAGCCACCAACCUUCCUCAGCUCAAGGAACUCUACCGUGUCUCAAAGGAGAAAUGUGACUUUGAGGUGACCGCAGGGCCGUCCAGAAGCAAAAAAGAUGACAAUGGCUCCUCAGGAGGGGACAGUGGAGGCAGCUCUCCUUCCACUUCACAUGGAACAGCUCACACAAAUAAGACCAAAAAUGGUCACACUCCAAAGCCAAAGAUGGUAAAAUCCAAACUCCCAUCCCCUGCAAAGAGGAAGCUGCCGGCAGUAGAACAAAGUGCAAAGAAGAUCAAGACUGAAACCGUUCACAGCAAUGGACAAAGCAAACCCAAAACUGCUUCAGCAAACACACCUGAUCCACAGUCAGAAAAGACUCUACUGGACAUCUUCACAGGUGUAAAGCUCCACCUCCCAGAAACAGUGCAGGACUUUGAAAAGCUGCGGCGCUACUUUGUGGCUUAUGACGGAGAUCUGGUGCCUGACUACGAUGCAGAAUCUGCCACACACACACUGGCUGAGCCUGGGGAGGACAGCCAGGCCAAGAAAGUUACCUCCAACUGGAUCUGGGAGUGUAUUCGCAAAAGGAGGGUGGUUCCACCCUGCUGAAGCCGUUAAGGACUGCACUGAGAAUGCAGACGUGGUGCUCCAGCAUCUUUUUUUAAAAUAAAAAACAAAGUGCCCUUCACACCUUCAGGCAACAGUGCAUAGGCUACACUGGAACAGCUCUGACCACAACACCACUAGCGUGUUCAUUCAGGACAAACUGGGUUUAUGAACUUGACCGUUUUUUAAUUAGUUUGUCUCAGCUAAGUUUCUUCUGCAUUUUCUGGGGCUAUACCAAAGUUUGGUAUUGCAAGUGACAUUUCAUAUUUAAGGCAUAGUUCUUCAGAUGUCACAGAAAGGUGCCUAUUCAUCUUCAUUAUUAUUUAUGAGUCUUAGUUUUCAUCAGAAGCCAUCAUUGAUCUGGUGCACGUAUGUAUCUUGGCCAGAUAGGGGUCUUUCAUAUUACACUGUUACUAAACUGAUGGUAUUAACAGGUGUGUUUUGUCAUCAAAAUAUGCAGUAUGUCUUUUUAGAUCAUGGUACCAUGAUGUCAAGUAGUAACAGUAUAUGCAGAAGUCUAUUGACAAAUGUGGGCCAAGUGUGAUAGAUUCUUUACUUAAUGUAAUUUUAUAGAAACAAAACACAGCCUAGAGUAGGAGCAGGACUGUCAGUAGUUCAAUUAUGCAACAACUGUUUAGCAUGGACUCAAAAACAACAAAAAAUACAGAAAGCCAGCAUCUGCAAACUCUUGUUGAUAUGGUUUGUUUCUGCCUCAUAUAGGGUAACAGUGGCUUGGUGGUUGCUUUUGGACAUUUUGAAAGCUAUGUACGUGAGCAAACUUACUUUUCAAAAAUUGUGCAGUGUUAUCACUACUUUUUCUAGGUGAAUAUGAAGCUAAACAGAAGGGAAUAAAAGAAGUUUUAUCAGGCAAAACAUGAAUGCAACAGCUUAAAACUGAUAUUACUGUAACUGUUUUCUUUAUUCUUAUUUACAAUGAAACUCAUCUGUUGAAACACUGGAAUUAAAAUAUUUUGGGGUGUA